CUGUAAGUCUGUAAGACUGACAAACUUCUUUCACACACGAGCUCUGUGACAGAGUUUCAUAACGCGAGAGUCGCGCUUCUUCACGCGCACUGCCACGCUCGCGUGUUUCAGUGUGUGUGUGUGUGUGGGGGGAAGUUUGUGUAUUUUUUGUAUUUUUGUCUGUGUUUGUGUGCGAGAGAAAGUGUUACAGUCAUGGCUGUGGAGGGAUCAGAUCAGCGCGCUCUGCAGUAUGAACAAACUUUGAUGUAUGGGCGUUACACUCAGGAAUUGGGUGUUUAUGCAAAAGAAGAGGCAGCCCGACUGCGAGAGGACGGACAUCAUCGCCGGUCCAUCUCUGAACGCAGCCCGUCACUCAAAGUCCUGGAGUAUGAGAAGGGACGAUGCGUCAAGUGUCGAAGGUUUUCAUAUGCCCUGGAAUCAACACCUCGGGACUUUUUUUCUGUCUGUGCAGUUCACUGUCAGAGGUUCCUCAUGUCACGGGUCGGAGAGGAUUGGAUCUUUCUCAUUCUGCUGGGUCUCGUCAUGGCACUGGUCAGUUUUGUUAUGGACUUCUGCAUUGCUCUUCUAUUACAAGCACAGAAAUGGAUGUACGGGGGUUUGGACAGUAAUGUGAUCUUACAGUAUUUGGCGUGGGUCACUUAUCCUGUGGUUCUCAUCAGUUUUUCUGCAGGAUUCACACACAUCGUGGCACCUCAGGCCGCUGGGUCGGGCAUUCCUGAAAUGAAGACGAUCCUCAGAGGAGUUGUGCUAAAAGAAUAUCUCACCUUAAAAACAUUUGUAGCCAAAGUGGUGGGUCUUACGUGUGCACUGGGCAGUGGAUUACCUCUGGGCAAAGAGGGGCCGUUUGUGCACAUUGCCAGCUUGUGUGCGUCUCUUCUCUGUAAAUUCAUGUCGUUCUUUGGUGGAAUUUAUGAGAAUGAGUCCAGAAAUACUGAAAUGCUUGCUGCUGCCUGUGCGGUCGGGGUGGGAUGCUGCUUCGCUGCUCCUAUUGGAGGUGUGUUGUUCAGCAUUGAGGUCACAUCCACCUUUUUUGCUGUCCGAAACUACUGGCGAGGAUUCUUCGCUGCUACAUUCAGUGCUUUUAUCUUCAGAGUUCUAGCCGUGUGGAAUAGAGAUGAAGAGACGAUAACAGCUCUCUUUAAAACCCGAUUCAGACUGGAUUUCCCCUUUGACCUGCAGGAGCUUCCGGCCUUCGCUGUGAUUGGGAUUGCGAGUGGGUUUGGCGGUGCCCUGUUUGUGUACUUGAACAGACUUAUCGUUCAGUUUAUGAGAAAACAGAAAACCAUUAACAAGUUCCUGAUGAAGAAGCGACUGUUGUACCCUGCGUUGGUCACACUGCUGGUGUCAACACUCACUUUUCCUCCGGGGUUUGGACAAUUUAUGGCCGGACAGCUUACACAAAAGGAGACCUUGGUUUCAUUUUUCGACAAUCACACCUGGACUAAACAAGGAGUCACAGAAGACUUCAUAUAUGACGGCCACUCGGCUGCCUGGAAACAUCCUCAGGCUAAUAUCUUCAUCAUCCUCGUCAUCUUCAUUGUCAUGAAGUUCUGGAUGUCAGCUUUAGCCACAACUCUUCCUGUCCCGUGUGGAGCUUUCAUGCCUGUUUUUGUCAUUGGUGCUGCAUUCGGGCGUUUGGUGGGUGAGAGUAUGGCUGCAUGGUUUCCAGAAGGUAUUAACACAGAUGGAACAAUCUAUCCCAUAGUGCCCGGCGGUUACGCUGUUGUGGGAGCGGCUGCAUUAUCAGGUGCAGUGACACACACGGUGUCGACGGCUGUGAUUGUGUUUGAAUUGACAGGACAGAUCAGUCACAUUCUGCCCAUCAUGAUCGCUGUGAUUCUCGCCAACGCAGUCGCUCAGAGUCUUCAGCCGUCCAUUUAUGACUCCAUCAUUCGCAUUAAAAAACUGCCGUACCUGCCUGAGCUCGGCUGGGGUCACCAUGAGAAGUAUAAUAUCCGUGUGGAGGACAUCAUGGUGAGAGGAGUUCAUUACAUCACUCUGAACUCAACCUACAGAGAUCUGCAUGAGAUUCUUCUGAUAGGAAAUCUUAAAACAUUAGCUCUGGUGGAGUCUGCAGAGUCGAUGAUCUUGCUGGGAUCUAUUGAGCGUGGGCAGUUACAGGCGCUCCUGGCGCAGCAUCUCGGUCGCCCGCGGCGAUUGGAGUUCAUACGAGAACGGGCGGAGGCUGAGAGGAAGCGCAUGUCUGUGAUCAACAGCCCUAAAAGUGAAGAUGGAGGUCAGAAAGUCAACCAAGAGGUUCGCUUUCAGAUCUCCACAGAGGAAUCCUCUGUCCCUCCAGCUCGUCCUAUUUCUCCUAAACCUCUUAAACCAGCGCUGAAGAAAUCAUAUGCGGCGGAGAAAAUUAUAGACAUCCCAACAAGUCCACAUGAUUCUGGCAUUGGUCUAAAGAAUCUGCUUUGUACUCACCCUCGAACAGAAACACUGGAGAAUAAUAAUGUGAUGUCUGCUGAUCUCAGACCAGCCAAACAUGUGAGGAUUUCAGUGGUGGAUGACCCCGAUGCAGAAGACGAUAUGACACUUCGAGAGAUUGAGGAGUGGGAGGAGCAACAGCUUGACGAGCAGGUGAACUUCAAUAACUGUAAGAUUGACCCCGCCCCCUUUCAACUGGUGGAGAGAACCUCAUUACACAAGACACACACUAUCUUCUCUCUGCUGGGUUUGGAUCACGCUUACGUCACCAGUAUCGGACGACUUAUUGGGGUUGUUUCACUGAGAGAGCUGCGGAAAGCCAUCGAGGGCUCUAUAACGGUGAAGGGGGUUAAAGUGCGCCCGCCGCUGGCCAGUUUCCGGGACAGUGGAACCAGUGGGACCAGCAGUGAAAGUGAAGCCACAGAACUCCACAAAUUGUGGGAUCGUCACACAAACCUCACGCUGCCCAGAGAACAUCAAGUAAACACCUCAGACUCCGAUGACAAAUCCCACUGAUGGCAAUGAGACGUCCAGGAGACGCACAAAAUAAUACAGAGUUUUAUAGAGACACGUUCUGUACACUCCCAAAAAUCUACUGGGCCUCAGAGCCACGCCCCCUUUUUAAUUCUUCUGACAUCACUUCCUGAUAGACACUAAUUCCAUAUGGAAAAUAAUCAGGGACGUUUUAAAUUUGA